GGCCCGGCCGCGGGAGUCGCUGCGGCGCUGCCCGCGGCCUCGGCCCUGGCAGCGGCAGGAUUUGGGAAUUGAAAUUCCCAUGGAAUUCCCGAGGUUUUAGGGUUUUCCUGGAGAAUCCCGGAUUUCCCAUGAGCCGUCCCUCCCCUCCACCAUUCCCAGGAGCUGCGUAGGCGCCACCAUGAGCGGCCUCGGGGACGGUGCCGGGGACGCCGCCGGCGCCGAGAGCCGCAAGCGCCGAGCGUCGCCCUGCGAGCCCCCGCACAGUGUAGAUAAACGUCGCCGUGAGCAGGAGCAGCGCUACCUGGCCGAGCUGGCCGAGCUGCUCUCGGCCAACCUGGGCGAGCUCGACUCGCUCGGGGGCAAACCCGAGCAGGGGCACAUCCUGAAAAAAACCGUGGACCAGAUCCAGCAGAUCAAGCGCCUCGAGCAGGAGAAGACGCCGGAUGACGACGUGCAGAAAUCCGACAUCUCCUCCAGCAGCCAGGGCGUCAUCGAGAAGGAGUCGCUGGGGCCGCUCCUGCUCGAGGCCCUGGACGGGUUCUUUUUCGUGGUGAACCGCGAGGGGCGCAUCGUGUUCGUGUCGGAGAACGUGACGGGGUACCUGGGCUACGGGCAGGAGGAGCUGAUGAACUCCAGCGUGUACAGCAUCCUGCACGUGGGCGACCACGCCGAGUUCGUCAAGAACCUGCUCCCCAAAUCCCUCGUGAACGGGGUUCCGUGGCCGCAGGAGCCGUCGCGCCGGGGCAGCCACACGUUCCAGUGCCGGAUGCUGGUGCGGCCGCCGGACGAGGCCGGGGCGGAGCAGGCGGAGCUGCGGCAGCGCUACGAGGCCAUGCAGUGCUUCACCGUCAGCCAGCCCCGCGCCUUCCAGGAGGAGGGAGAAGAUUUCCAGUCGUGUCUGAUCUGCAUCGCCCGGAGGUUGCCGCGCCCGGCCGCCCCCGCCCCCACCGAGUCCUUCGUCACCAAGCAGGACACCACAGGAAAGAUCAUCUCCAUCGACACGAGCUCUCUGCGCGCGGCCGGCCGGACGGGCUGGGAGGAUCUGGUGCGGAAAUGCAUCUACGCCUUCUUCCAGCCCCAGGGCCGCGAGCCCUCCUACGCCAAGCAGCUCUUUCAGGAAGUGAUGACGCGGGGCACGGCCUUCAGCCCCUCGUACCGCUUCACGCUGAGCGACGGCUCCGUGCUGAGCGCCCACACCAAGUGCAAGCUCUGCUACCCCUCGAGCCCGGAGCUGCAGCCCUUCAUCAUGGGCAUCCACGUCAUCGAGAGGGAUCACGGAAUUCUGUCCCCCCAGGACGCCCCCGCCCCGGGCCUGGCGCUUGCCAGGGUGAACCCCAGCGUGGCGCCGGCGCCGGGCAUGGCGCUGCCGCCCUCCCUGCCCGCGUCCAACGGCUCCCCCCACCCCGGGAACUUCGGGAACCCUCUGGGCUCCAGCGUUGCCUUAAGCCAGAGCGCCGGGAACGCCCACCCGCUGUCCCACGGCGGCUCCCCCAUGAACAGCCCCGGCGUGCCGGCGCCGCCGUUCCGGCACCGAGGGAGCCCCGGCUUGAUCGCCAGAUCCAGAGCUCCCUUCUCGCCGGCCGUGCACUCCCCGGCUUCGUCCUCGUCGUCAUCCUCGUCGUCGGGGAGCUCCCGACCCUUUCCCAGCUCGCCUCCGGCCAAUCCGGCGUUCCUGAGGCAGCCGAGCGCCCAGAGCUCCCCCGGCCGCGCCAAGGGCGACGCCAAGGACGCCUCCGCCGUCAUCCAGGAGAGCAGCGCGGCCGACAAAGCCUCGGAGCCGGGAAUCCCGCACGGAUCCGAGGGCGGCGGCGGCGGCGGGGACGGCGGCAGCGCCACCAGCAGCGGCAGCGGCAGCGGGAAGUGUCCCCAAGGCACGAGCCACCGGCUGGUGCAGCUGCUGGCCAGCACGGCCGAGCAGCAGCUGCGGCACCACCACGACGCCGACACCAGCUCCAAGGAUUCCUUGGCGUGCGCCGGCAUUGCCGGGAGCUCCGCGCCGGCCCCGCCGUGCCCGUCGUCGCACAGCUCGCUCACCGAGCGGCACAAGAUCCUGCACCGGCUGCUGCAGGAGGGCAGCCCCUCCGACGCCACCGAGCCCGACAAGAAGGAGAAUUGCGGCGUCGGGAAUUCCGGCGUCGGGAAUUGCGGCGUCGGGAAUUCCGGCGUCGGGAGCUGCGGCGUCGGGAAUUCCGGCGUUGGGAGCUGCGGGAUGGCGGAGGCGGAGAAGAAGAAGGAGAGCAAGGACCACCAGCUGCUGCGGUACCUGCUGGACAAGGACGAGAAGGAGGCGGGCGCGGCGGCGGCGGCGGCACCGGGGAUCAGCCUGGACGACGUCAAGGUCAAGGUGGAGAAGGGAGAGGCCGCAGAGGCGUGUCCGGCCCCGCCCGCCGGCGUUGCCAAAAUUCCGGCCGGGGAUGAGGUCAAGAUGGAGGCGCCGGGACAGUUCUCGGCCGAGCUGGAGCAGCUGGAUCAGCUCCUCCCUUCCCUGGACAAAGCAGCUCCGAUCGCCGCCGUCUGCGGCGCCGACAGGAGCGACCCCGCAGGAGUGACCGCAGGAGUGACCGCAGGAGUGACCGCAGGAGUGACCGCAGGGGUGUCCGGAGUGUCCGGAGUGACCGGGAUCUCAUCACUGACCGGCGUGUCCGGAGUGACCGGCGUGUCCGGGGUGACCGGCGUGUCCGGGGUGACCGGAGUGUCCGGAGUGACCGGAAUGACCGGAGUCACCGGAAUGGCCGGAGUGUCCGGAGGAGUGGCCGGAGUGUCCGGAGUGGCCGGGAUGUCCCCUCUGCAGCCCAGCACGGCCGCCAGAGCCCCCUCAGGGCUCCCCGAGGUCGAUGUCGCCGUCCCCGACCCCGUCCUGGCCCUCGCGGAGCCGCUGCCCUGGCCCGGCCUCGGCAAGGCCGACGAGCCGUGUCCCCUGGAGGAGCUGCUGCUGCCGCCGGGCAGCGCCGAGGGCCGCAGCCAGGAGAAUCCCCAGAUUUCCCCGGGGAUUUUUUCCCUUAUUUUCAGUGUGCCGUGUCCCCUGGAGGAGCUGCUGCUGCCGCCGGGCAGCGCCGAGGGCCGCAGCGAGGAGAAGGCGCUGCUGGAGCAGCUCUGCACCUUCCUCAGCGGCCGCGACGACACCGAGCUGGCCGAGAUCGACCGCGCCCUCGGCAUCGACAAACUCGUGCAGGUGCGAGGGGAAAAAACGGGGAGAAAACGGGGAAAAACGGGGGAAAACGGGGAAAAAAUCGGGGCAAAAAUCGGGGAAUAA